AAGCCCAGGGAAAGAUUUGCAUGAUUUCGCAAAGCGUUCAUGAUGGGGAGCUCGUGCGUGCACGCGCCGCAUGCGUGUGUCCGCGCGUGCGUGCGGUAGGAGGAGAGAAAGACGCGAGGGGAAGAAAAGAGAGAAGGAAGGAGGGAUUCGGCAUCGCAGCGCGAGCCUAGUAUUUAAUCCUCUGAGUGCUGUGUAUUGUGUGUUAAUCGCCCGAUGGAAGAAAUGGAGCGAUGAAAACCAGAACUCACAAAGAGCCGAUGCCCGUACGUAGUGGGCGAAGGCGAGGUGGCAGUGAGGAGAGGAGGGGGAGACGUCCACAUCCUAGCCCAUCUCGAGCAGAACGAAAUGAACGACAAACAAGAGCUGCGGGAGAAGAGCUUGGUUGCUUUAACAGACGUUCACAAGGACAGGAUUCAUCCGAAAGCGAUGGAGAGCGGACUAUUCCUCCACCGAAGAGACAGAAGGUCCAGGACUCUUCGUCCAGUGCCCCAACAUCAACCCAUUCAACUGGCACAACAACCUCAGCACCGCAUCCAGCUUCGUGCAACACCCAGUCACGGGAAAGUGACAACGAGGAUGGCCAAUCACAAGGCAGCCGCAGCUCAGCUGGAGGAAGCUUAGCCAAUAGCAGCAGUAGUAUUAGCAGUGGGCGGGAUAUCGAUCAGGACAAUCGAUCCUCUUCGCCGAGCCUCUCUGGCUCCCCGUUGGCCAGUUUGGACUCUGAAUCAGACUCACCGGAUUCACCAAAGCAAGGCGGGAAGGUGAAAGAAGGAGCGGUGCCUAAACCGGGAGGAACAGGAAGGGGGAAUGACACUAGUAGCGGAGAAUGUCGAGACACUGAGGGGGGGAUGGAGGCGGAUUUAUCUGUAUUGAAAUCACCAUCGUCUCUUUGUCCUCUGAGUGAGAGCGGCAGUGCCAGAAAAUCCUACUUUUCAGUUGAUUCUAAAAUAGCACCCAAAAUGGAGUUCUCCAGUGUUGUUGGCGACGAGGCAUUACAUGGCUGCAGCCGCAACAAUGUCAACCCCAAAACGGCCUCUCAGUGUGGAGGAAAGAUGCUGGUUAGUGGAGCAGAGUACCCCCAUGGAAAUCCCAGUGUCAGCCAUGCCUCCUCCUCUGCUCUUCCACCUCCACCUGCUCUGAAGCCUCUUGAGGCAGGACAAAGUGCUUCUGGUGAUGUUAAAAUGGAAAAAGUUGAGAAAUGUGACAAGGCUCCACCCUCUCUGCUUCCACAGGCCACCUCCUUGCCUCAACAGGCCCCUCCUCCUCGCCACACUCAUCACUACAGCCCUACUACGUGGUCAGGCAGUGCUGUUUCCACUUGCCCUGGAAACUGGGGAUACACACGUUACCCAGGUGUCCACCAUGCACCUGUGCAACAGCAACAAUUGCCUUCUGUCUACAACCCCCCCUCCUCCACCCGUCACUCAUCCCAUCCCCCAUACCUGCCACACCCACACCCACCCCACCCACACAGGGAGUACUUGCCUAGGUAUGGCAGUCCAGCCGAGCGGGACAGGGCCACAAGGGACAUUGCAAUUAAAGACGGAACUGGUGGUUCUAGUGCACACAACAGUGCUAAUCUGGGAAGUGACUUUGUGACUCCUGUUCCUGGACAGAACCGAGAAUUUGGAGCACCAGGCCGAGAUGUACCACCAGGGGCCAGGGAAUUCCGUCCGGGAUUCCGGGAAAGGGACGCACUGAGAGACUUCUCUUUGCAGAAUCAGAACCAGCAACACGUAGCACAGAGCCGGGACUUUGGACCUGUCGGGGCAAGUGGGGCAGGAGGUUCGGGUGGCUGUCACCCAAGAGAUAAGGAGGGAAGAUGGGGAGAGUUUGCAGGCCAGAUAAGGGAAGUAGGUGUCAACAGCAACCCAAGUAAUGUCAACCAAGCAAAUGUUAGCAGUUCAAGCUCAAGUUUACCAUCCAGUUCUCCACAAAACAGUUCAGCCACCCAAAACAAGGACUUUCCGUCUACGCUGGAGCAGGUGGGGCAAGGGCAUCAAGGACAUCAAGUCCCUGCUGCGGGGUCGGAUCCUCCCCCCACCGCGCACUUCCUAAGGGAAUACCCUCCACCAGAGCCCAAGGAGUACCCUCCAGCAGGGGCUCAACCUUCUUCUGCCCCUCAUCCUGGUUCUUCCAGAGAAUACCCAAGUCCCACCAGACUUGCUUCAAAUAUGGGUCGGGAUUUUGCUGGAGGGCCUGCCGUGUCCCACCCACACUAUCUGGUCCAGCCAGGCCUGACUAGCCAAUCUAGGGAGAGGGAAAGAGAGAGGGAGAGGGAAAGAGAAAGAGACAACAGUGCUCCAUCUUCCAUUUAUCACAAUCGUAAUCACCCACCAUCUCUUUCUCCUUCCUCAUCUUCUUCCACACAUGGACACCAGCCUCCUGCUGCAUAUCCCGCUACUUCACACAGCCAGCAGCCUUUUCCAUCAUCCACACUUCCACCUAGUCAGACUCGUCCAGGGCAGUACCCUUCAUCCAAUCAGAGUCCACCCACUACUCUCUCUCCACUUCCUAGUCCAUCGACAAAUCAAAUGGGAGGAUUUCCCCCAUUCUCAUCAACUUCUGCACCUUCUGCAUCAGGUGCGGUCACUUCCUGCCUGUCUGGGUGCCGACCUGCUGCUUAUCAUGGCACUUUAAACAGUCACACCCCUUUUGCUGGUGCCUACCAUGGGAAUAGUAACCAUAGCAGCACCGCAGCUGCCAGCAAUCCAAAUAGCAACAAUAGUGCUAACAGUCACACGCAGUUGCAUUCGCCUACGCCCUCCAAAAUCCAACUCUGCAAUCCUGUUGCUCCACCCAGCAGUGUACCUGCUGGUGCAGACGGUCAAUCCGAAUCAUCGUCUUGUUCGUUGCCGCCACCUGUCAUAAAGGAGGAGCCAAUAGAAGAGAGGGAGGAAACUGAGAGUCCACCUUCUGUGCUCAGAAGCCCCUCGCCUGAGCCAAAGGCUAUUGAUAUUCCAAUUCACGCCAGCCAGUCUGCUCGGUUCCACAGGGUUUUAGAUCGUGGCAAUGGCAAUUCCUGUGCUCGCACUGAUGUCCUCUUCAUCCCUCUGGACGGAUCUAAACUCUGGAAAAAGAGGAACGAGGCAAUUGAGCGAGCCAGGCGAGAGGUGGAACAGAGAGCUCGUGACCUGAGAGAGAAGGAGAAAGAACGAGAGAGGGAGAGAGAGCGGGAGCGAGAAAGGGAGAGAGACCUGGAGAGGCACUUACAGCAGAAGGACAGUAACCCUGGAGCCGUUCCCCGUCAGGGCUCUUCUCUCUUCUUCUCUCCUUCCUCGUCUCUUCUCCUGGAUCCUUCUUCCUCAUCCUCCUCUCCCUGCGUAAACCCCUCCCACCACCCUGCCCACCACCCUGCCCACCACCCGACCCAUUCAAUCCACCCAUCCCAUGCCCACUCUCUCCAUCCUUCCCUCUCUCAUUCCAUUCCUCACUCCCUUCUUUUACCAUCUGUUGGAGGUCUCGGUCCAUAUCUUGGGCCUGAUACACCAGCGUUGAGGACGCUGAGCGAAUAUGCCCGUCCGCAUGCAAUGUCACCGCUUGGCGCAGCCAAUCGGGCUCCACCCCAUUUUCACCCCCACCCCCAUCCGCAUUCGCACCCUCACAUCCACCCCUCCCUCUUCCUGCCCCAAUUCCAAAACCCCGCCCUUGCUCAUCCACAUCAACUUCCUGCUGAUGCGGCCACCGCUGCGGCCAUCCUUGGAUUCCUUUAUGGAACCGGCUUGGAAGGAGGCCACGGCCACCCUGGGGCAGGGCCGGUGGCAGGGCCCGGACCGGGCGGAAUGGCAGGGCUAGGGGCCGGCCUUGGAGGGAUGGGGUUUCCGCACUCUGUGACAGCUCACAGGGAGCGGGUGAAGUCAGGGUUUGACUUUAAAAGUGAAUUUGACUCACAUACACACUCUCAUUCACACUCCUUACUGCUAGGAGGUGGGGCUGGUGGUGGAGGUCCAACCAGCGAUGUUGCCCUUUACGGGACUCCUCCACCUCCAGCUCCGCCCCCUCAAGCCCUCGCUACAGUUGCAAGAAAUCCGAGCGCUGUCCCUCAGCCUUUGUCAACCCCGCCUACUUCUUCAUUGUUACCACCUUCCCUACCGAGCCAUGCCCCUCCCACUGUAAACCCUAUAGGUCCUGCCCCUCCCCCUCCUCCACCUGCUCCUCCCCCGCCUCCUCCUGCACCCACGGCUUCUUCUCUCCAUCACCCCUCCUCUCAUUCCACCCACCCCACCCAGCCCCCAGCCCCUGAAGGUUACUCUGCACCAAGUCGGACUCCACCUAAUACCGAGAGAGCAAGGAGCGUGGAGAGAGAGAGGGAGAAGGAGAGAGAAAGAGCACUGCCGGGUGGAGACAGAGAAAGAGGAGCCCCAGCAACCCCGGCUGGGGGCGGAACUUCAGGAGGAGGUGGGGCAUCAGGAGGAGGUGGAGCAGGAGAGUCUCUGGGGCGACUACAAAUGCUAAACGUGACUCCACAUCAUCACCAGCAUUCACACAUUCACUCUCACCUCCAUCUACACCAGCAAGAUACAGCACCCAGCAGUGUGCACCCGCUCAUUGAUCCGUUAGCGACGGGAGCUCCGUUACCAAGGCUACCGUAUCCAGGAUCCAUCAUCACACACCCGCUCACUGAGAGCGACGUACUGCGACAGCAACUCUUCGGUGCUCCGUUCCGUGAUUUACCCCCCCACUCCUCCAUGCAUCAUCAGAACGCAGAGCUACAGAUCCAGAGACUCGCACUGGAGCAGCAGUGGAUCCAUCACCAUCAUCACUCUCUCACACAGGAAGAGUAUUACAGCCACCUGAAGAAAGAAAGCGACAAAACGCUGUGAGCGACGAACCAAGCGACAGAGAAACACGGGAAAGUGCAAAUAAACAAAUGAAGGAAGUGACAGGAGCGAUCGAAAACUCUUGACACACAGCACGGUUACAACAACACGACAGCAGUCCGACAGUCUGAGUGAACACUACUGACACAUCACUUAUUAAACACUACAAUAAUAUUAGCUCACAAUACAGUACAAUGCAUUCUGAUUGGCUAAGAAUGACGACACGUAAUUAACAGUUAUUCCACGAAAUCGAGUCGUACAUGAGCUGACAGCCGAUGAGGCGCGUAGCACCGAGUCGGCUAUAAUCCAUGUACGACGAGAUUGAGUGGAAUAACUGUUUUAUUUGAUCCAUAUUCACUGGAUUUUGAGAAACAGAGCAUUUUUAUUUUUUGCAAAUUCGAGAAAUAAAAACUUUCUACAAAACGUCCGACAAAAUCAUUUCUGCUUCGAAUGUUAACCCUCUCAUGAUAUAUUUGCCCUGUUGAUAGUGGGCGGGGCUUGCUGAGCGAUGAACAAGAUUUUUAUCUGUAGCCUUUUAACUAAAAUGGGGCAGUCGAGCAGUAACGUUAGUCCAACACAGUAGCAGAGACGCUUUCACAUAAAGGCAGCAACAGCCACCGUCAAAUCGUACGGUUGGAGUCUUGUUCUCAGACUCGACUCGAAAUUUUCUUGAAUGACUUGGGUUUGAACACUGGCGACUCGAGGUUUAGUGACUCGACUACAGCACUGAUGAUAAUUCUUGAAAAAUACAAAAGGUACGUUCGUACCAGGCGGCACGGUGGUGUAGUGGUUAGCGCUGUCGCCUCACAGCAAGAAGGUCCGGGUUUGAGCCCCGUGGCCGGCGAGGGCCUUUCUGUGCGGAGUUUGCAUGUUCUCCCCGUGUCCGCGUGGCUUUCCUCCGGGUGCUCCGGUUUCCCCCACAGUCCAAAGACAUGCAGGUUAGGUUAACUGGUGACUCUAAAUUGCCCGUAGGUGUGAAUGUGAGUGUGAAUGGUUGUCUGUGUCUAUGUGUCAGCCCUGUGAUGACCUGGCGACUUGUCCAGGGUGUACCCCGCCUUUCGCCCGUAGUCAGCUGGGAUAGGCUCCAGCUUGCCUGCGACCCUGUAGAAGGAUAAAGCGGCUAGAGAUAAUGAGAUGAGAUAUACCACAGCUGUGUAAAAUAUGUCAAAAAUAGUUUUCGAUUGACUGGUAGGUGAGCAUGUUCUGUAAACAUCAUUGUUUCCAUUGUGGCUUUCUGGAUCCUACAGGUGGUAUUCAGACCUGGCGACUUUGUCGAUUGUCACACGGAGACUGUUUUAUGAUGUUUCCAAAACAUGAAGACGUCUAUUUCCAAAGUAGUGCCUGAAUAUUUAGCUGAUGAGAGCUAAUCGACGAGAGGCACCGAAUACGGUGCUGCAACAGAGACUGGAAGAGGAGAGAGAGGAAAAAAAUAACCAUAGAAAGUCAUUUUCGACAGUUUAUUUACCGUUAAUGAGGUAAACAAACACAAGUGUCUCUGUAGAGAUCCUUUCCAUGUUGCCAGACAUGGAAUAUAAUAACGUUAUGAGCCAGUCAUUGGUGAAAAUUCGCGGUUUACUUUGACACAGAUUAUCGCCGCAUCAGCUUACGUUGUAUAGCCGUUUUAUGGAUGAUGCUAAAAGCAUUCUUCUCCAUCGUUUUUGUCCCUGGUAUAAAUUUGGAUCCUCAAAGGUGGUAGAAUAGAGUCCUGGUGAGAAAAUCCUAAAGUUUCCAUUUAAGUCCAAGAUAUACGGUGGUGGGCGGCACGGUGGUGUAGUGGUUAGCACUGUCGCCUCACAGCAAGAGGGUCCGGGUUCGAGCCCCGUGGCCGGCGAGGGCCUUUCUGUGCGGAGUUUGCAUGUUCUCCCCGUGUCCGUGUGGGUUUCCUCCGGGUGCUCCGGUUUCCCCCACAGUCCAAAGACAUGCAGGUUAGGUUAACUGGUGACUCUAAAUUGAGCGUAGGUGUGAAUGUGAGUGUGAAUGGUUGUCUGUGUCUAUGUGUCAGCCCUGUGAUGUCCUGGCGACUUGUCCAGGCUGUACCCCGCCUUUCGCCCGUAGUCAGCUGGGAUAGGCUCCAGCUUGCCUGCGACCCUGUAGAACAGGAUAAAGCGGCUAGAGAUAAUGAGAUGAGAUAUACGGUGGUAUUUGUGGAGCAAGAUUUUUUUUAAAUUUAGACGCUUAAGCCUGAAAAAACAUUCGGUGAUCAGGGAAAAACAAGCGGACUGAUAAAGUGGAUUAUAUUUUGAGGGUGAAGUAUGCUGUUCAUUACAACACAAUGACAAUUCAAAAAAAAAAAAAAUUAGACCAAUACAACAGUGUACAAAUGAUCAGUCAAAUAAAUACUGAAUAUUUAAGAGAAUAUUUAACAGGGGGAAGCCCUCAUGGUUAGAGAAGCAGCUUUGGGGCCAAAAGGUUGCUUGUUUGAUUCCCUCAACCAGCAAUAAUGGCUGGAGUGCCCUUGAGCAAGGCACCUAACCCCCAACUGCUCCCCAGGCUGCUCUGGGUGUGUUGUACGUUGCUCUGGAUAAGAGCAUCUGCUAAAUGCCACGAAUGGAAUGGAAUGGAAUGGAACAGUUAUUCCACGAAAUCGAGUCGUACAUGAGCUGAUAGCUGAUGAGGAGCGUAGCACCGAGAUUGAGUGGAAUAACUGUUUUAUUCUAUCCACAAUCACUGGAUUUUGAGAAAUGGAGCAUUUUAAUUUUUUGCAAAUUUGAUAAACAAAAACUUUAUACAAAACGUCUGACAAAAUCAUUUCCACUUAGAAUGUAAACAAACCGGCGAAAUGACAGGAGCAAUUUGCGAAAAAGGUGAGAAUAAUUUUUGAAAAUUAAAAAACAAACAGACAAAAUGAUACGUUCUUACGAUCAAAUACUUUCAUUCCGUAGUUUGUUGCUUUUUUAUUUUUAUUUUUUGGGGUUUUGUUUUCGAGUAGAGUUUUUAUUUCGUCCUCGGUUGGUUCAGCAACACGCUCCGCCAUUUUGUUUUUCUCGACUCCUGGAAUAUGAGCUGAUAUCCUAGUAGUAGAGUACCCAAUCAGAUCGCGCGAUUGCUCAUAUCCAGUGAAUGUGGAUCGAAUAAUAGCUUAAUAUGCUGUACUGACAUGAAUAUCUCUUUCCAUUGCUCUUGCAAAUUGGUCUCAAUUUACAGUUUAGCUUCACAUUAUUUGGCUGCAAUCCUGUAAGCAAAUAAUAAUAAUAUGAAAAAAGGACAAAAUCCUUUCUCAAUUUAAUGUAUAAGUCCUCUUAUUGCUAAUUUUUCAUGUGGAAAGUCCAUGCAGUUUAGUUCGUACCAUCGCUUACAUUCUAGUCGCUGUAAAUAAUCCUUCCCUUGUUUUAUCUUGAAGUUAAUACAAACCCCCCCUCAAAAAAAACCCCUUGCAGCCACAAAGAACACAGUUCUGUCUCGAAGACUUUCAUGUGGUGGAAAACCUCAUGUUUAUAACUGUUUACUGAGACUGUUUACAAAAGCAUGGACACUUGGGACUUCUUUUUUUUUGGUUAAAUAAACAUCUCCUUCAAGAAAACGUCACCAUAAUAGAGUUUAUGAAUG